AUGAGCUGGGAGCCAACAUCUCACUCUCACUCUCACCCCGGCGUCUCCAGGGUACCGAGCAUCCAACGGAGGAGCUCAUCACGGAAGGGGUCCAGCGGCAGCCGAGCGAAGACCCAGACGCCAUCUAUCAGCCCGAUAGACCACUCCCUGACGCCCCCGAGCCUGCUCGAGUCCACCAUCAACCUCCCGGCGGACUUCAUCAGCGAUCCUGGCUCGUCCAUCGCCGCCUCGAGCCCUGAUCCGUUCCCGUACUUUAUCAAGUUCUCGACCGAGCCCGUAGAGCCGCUUUAUAUGAGCAAGUGGAUCACGGAUCUCGAGCUGAUGCACCAGUACUCCACGGCUACCUACCUUACGAUGCCCAGGUCUUGCAACGUGGGUCACAUCUGGCAGUUCGAGGUGCCCAAGCUCGGCCUAACGUAUAUUUUCCUCAUGCACGAGAUUCUCGCCCUCGCCGCACUACAUCUCGCCUACCUCCACCCGGAGCAGCGCGAGUCCUAUGCCCUGCACGCGUCCCAGCACCAGAGCGACGCCAUCGCGGGAAUGCGCGAGCUGCUCGUACAAAUAACGGCCGAGAACUGCCACGCCCUCUUCGCGGGCUCGACGCUGCUCCUCGUGAACGCGUAUUCCACAUUUCCGUACCAGAGAGGGCCCGGCAACACGGAGGGUCCGACCGUGGACGACGUCCUCGACGUCUUCCUCCUCGUCAGGGGCAUGAGCCACAUCCUCUCCUCCUCCCAGCCCAUCAUCCAGACCGGGCCCUUUGCAAACUUCUUCUCGGAGCUUAAUACCCCGACGUCGACGCCACUACUCGAGGCUGUUGCGCGCCACCUCAAGACUUACCAGACUACCCUCCGUACUACAAACGCUAACGAGGCAACGCAAAAGGUCGUUAAUAAGGAGAUAGACGUCUUCUUAGGCUGGAUUACGUACGCUAUCCAGACGACGGUAUCCCCGGAGCUGCGUGUGGCCGUGACGUGGCCCAUUAACCUGACCGAGGAGUACCUCCAGCUGCUACGGAACCGCGAGCCUACGGCUCUAGUACUACUAGCAUACUACUCCGUCGUUGUCCGCUCGACGGAGUCAACGACGUGGUUCAUGCAGGGGUGGGGCAUUAACUGCGCGCGGGCGAUAGUGGCGGACCUGGAUCCGGAGUGGAAGGAGUUGAUUCAAUGGCCAUUGGCCUUCAUAAGCGACAGGAGUAUAGAAUUGUAG